CAAAUUCUCACUCUCAUACUCAGUCAGCAUACUCAGUCAGUUGAGUUUUAUAAUUCACAUUUAGCAGUCUUCAAACCAUGUCGGCCAUGGCAUCCAGACCUAUCAAGAAGAGAAAGCUUACGCCUCCUCAAUCAGACGAUGAGGGAACUUCUCACAAGUCUGGUGGGAGGAAAAUCAAAAAGGCAUUCUUAGUAAAUGCAGCAAACUGGAACUUGGAGCAGGACUAUGAGACGAAAGCCCGGAAGGGGAAGAAAAAUGACAAGGAAAGCACUCGCCUGCCCUUGAAACUUCCCGGAGGACGUGUGCAAAAGUUCUCUGCUCCAGCCGGUGAGUUACAGAUUGAGGAAAGUGACGACGACUGGUUGGAAGGCGGCCAGGAUGAAUCUGGGAAUGAGGAAGCAGGACAUGAGGUCAACGACAACAGACCCAAGAUACCCGAGCAUCAGCAGAUUCUAGAAGCCAAGGAGGAACUAGCAAAGAUAGCUUUGCUAGUCAACGAGGAUCCUGACGAGAACGUUGGCGCUUUCAAGGCUUUGGCUAGGAUCGGACAAUCUAGAAUCUUAACUAUUCAAAAACUCACCUUGGCUACCCAACUGGCUGUGUACAAAGACGUCAUUCCUGGUUAUCGAAUAAGGCCCGUGGUAGAGGAUGCGCCAGAGGAGAAACUGUCCAAGGACGUUCGGAAAUUAAGGACAUUCGAGUCAUCCCUUAUCUCAGGUUAUCAGGCUUAUGUGAAGGACCUCACCAGAUAUGCGAAGUCGGGACGAAACCAAGCAGGUCGCGGCGGUCAGGGGCCGAGUAUUGCGAGCAUCGCCAUAACCUGUGCCUGCAAUCUACUGACCGCUGUACCACAUUUCAAUUUCCGGUCGGACUUGAUUAAGAUCUUGGUCGGGAAACUGAGUACGAGGUAUGUCGACGACGACUUUAACAAAUGUCUGGCGGCGCUCGAAACCCUUUUUAAGGAAGAUGAAGAAGGCCGCCCUGCGAUGGAGGCUGUUUCGCUCCUCUCGAGGAUGAUGAAGGCGAGGGAGUACCAAGUGAAUGAGAGCGUCGUCAAUCUCUUCCUUCACCUCCGCCUAUUAUCGGAAUUCUCCAGUAAAGGAUCCCAGGACGCCAUCGACCGGGCAGAUCCCGUCGGCCCCAAUGGCAAGAAGCCGAAAGGAAAGAAGGAAUUUCGUAAUAAGCGGGAACGGAAGGAAAGGAAAGAGCAGAAGGCGCUAGAAAAGGAUAUGGCCAACGCAGACGCUUUAGUCAGUCACGAGGAGCGUGAUCGAUGCCAAUCCGAGACCCUAAAACUAGUGUUCGCAUCGUAUUUCCGGAUCCUCAAGCAACGGGUACCAAACCUCAUGGGUGCCGUUCUCGAGGGUUUGGCCAAAUAUUCUCACCUAAUUAACCAAAAUUUCUUUGGCGACCUACUCGAAGCUCUGAAAGAUCUUAUCCGGCACAGCGAUGCCCUUGAAGAGGAGGAAGAUGCUGAAGAGGAAGACAUGGACGCCGACAGCCGAAACACCUCCCGUGAAGCCCUCCUCUGCACCACGACAGCUUUUGCGCUACUCGCGGGCCAGGACGCCCAUAAUGCGCGCGCAGACCUGCACCUGGACUUGUCUUUCUUCACGACGCACCUCUACCAAACGCUCUUCCCGCUAUGCUUAAACCCCGACCUCGAGCUCGGCGCGCGGUCCCUGCACCUGCCGGACCCGUCCAAGCCAUCGAAUGCCGCAAACAGCAAUAGCAAAACUAGCAACAAGGUCAACCUGCAGACAACAACCGUCCUGCUCAUCCGCUGCCUGACCGCCAUCCUCCUCCCGUCCUGGAACGUGCGCUCCGUGCCCCCCCUCCGCAUCGCCGCCUUCACAAAGCAACUGGCGACCGCAUCGCUGCACGUGCCGGAGAAGUCGGCGCAGGCGAUCCUGGCGCUCAUCGCCGACGUCGCUGGCACCCACGGCCGCAAGAUGGCCGCGCUGUGGAACACCGAGGAGCGCAAGGGCGACGGCACCUUCAACCCGCUCAGCGACAGCGUCGAGGGGAGCAACCCCUUCGCGUCUACCGUCUGGGAGGGCGAGAUACUGAGAAGGCAUUACUGCCCUAAGGUGCGGGAGGGUGUUGGGAUUGUCGAGAAGAGUUUAGCGAAGGCCGAGCGGUAGGGGGGUAAAUGGG